AUGUCGACCGCUACUACUACUUCUGUGGAGGUUGAUUACUACGCGUUGCUGCCAGUGCUCACUGGCAGGCUGCGUAGCGACCUCGAUGAGCCCCCGACUGAGCAAGAGUCUUUCAGCAAUGACUUCCAACAGGAACACAACGCGUCGCAGAUGUACCGUGACAUACGCCAGCUCCGCCAGGCGGUCAACGACAUCAACAGUGUCUUCCAGAAAGUCAGAAACGACCUGGAAGGCUUCGACCAGAGUGGGUUCCCCGCCCAGGACGGACACCCGAUGGUUACCUAUCACUGGACCCAGGUUCGCCACAAUCUCUUCAGGCAGACCAUGGAGCAGAGCUACAACAACGCGGUAGUCGCUUCGGAAUUCAUGAGCCGUCACUGCAGGCUCCUGCCAGACUCGGGUAACAAUAUCAACGUCGACACUGUACCAAACCUGGUGAUCGAGCUCGAAUGGUUUCUGCAGGAACUCAAGGCGAAGGAAGACGUCGCUUACGGGGCACAGAAAAGCUUCAAGACGCUCGCGGAGCAUGUCCGUUUCUAUGCAGCCGUUUUUGCCGACCAUCUGCAAAGUGCCUCUGGACAAGUCGCGGCUGAGCUCACCAACACUCGGGCCCAUCUGGCCGAUCUUCAGCGGCGUCUCAAUGUGACCCAUGCUAAGAUAGAAGAAUGGGAGAGCGACCGCGAUGCUGCUACGGCUGCAAUGGGAGCCGCCAGUGUAUCCCUCUUCUUUAUUCCAUUUGUCGGCGUGGCAAUGACGGGGGGGGCCAUACAUGCCAGGAAUCUGGCGUUGGAACGCCUCGACAACUCCAGGAGACAGGCAUCUUCUCUGGAGAGAGAGAUCAACGAAUGCAUGCAUCGUCUGGGCCCGCUGCAAGACAAAGAACGCCUCCUCAACCACUACCAACAGCUGCGUAACACCACCGAGGUCGACAUCGCCGCUCUGGCGAACAAGAUUGAGAUCAUCUCAAACAUCUGGCAAUGCCUCAAGGCUGACAUGCAGAAGGUGCACGAACAAUUGCGGCUAGCCCUUAUAUUCAAGAUUUUACCGCGUCGGUUCAUGGUGAGGCUGCGGAAUGUUUGCAAGAUAUACUCGAACCUCGCUGUGCUCUUCGAGGAGUAUGCGAACCACUCCGAGCCCGGGACGCACAUCGUAAUGUUUGGGAUUGAGCGCGAGAAGCUCAACAACAAGACCAAUGCCUCUCCACCGAGCACUGAAAGCACCGCGCCGGGGUCGUUCCGGAUGGCAUUGCGUGGCAGUUGUGCAGCUCAUGCCGGUUUGGAACGCACGAAGUGUUCACCACUAGUGCGCCAAGGCUACGAACAACGGCUCGAGGACGCGGAACUCGAAUUCAAGAUUGUACGAUGCCAGGGCCUGUACGAGCACGCAUCGCGCAGGGAGGACGAAGAGAAUGAGUUUGCGACGGACCCGUUGUCGAGGGGUGACGGCGACGGCCGCAAGGCCGACGAGAAGAAUACUCGCCUCAGGGUCUAA